AGUUGUGAGAGGCCGCAGCGGCGGCCGGACAUCCCGCGAUGGGGACGGCUCCUUACCGAUGUGCUCGAUGAGGUUCCUCCAGGAGUCGGCCGUCAUGGGGUGUGCGGGCGGUGCCGCGGCCGUGCCGGCGGCAGGGGUCUCCUCAGCGGCGGGGGGGGGCCUGCGGAGAGACGGAGGCGCCUUCAGAACAGUGGCGGGACAGCGGCGGGAGAGCGGCCCCUACGCGCGCCCGCGCCCCCCGCCCUCAGCACCCCCCUCACCUGGAGUGAAACCCUGAGAUGGAGGAAUGUAACUGGGAAACUCAGCCUAAUCCCUCCUGCCGGGAAGCGCACUCUUGAUUACCCCACAGGAUUGGCUGCUAUUCGCCUCUCCUUCUCCGGCCGGGCUUCGCACCCGCUCGGUCAUUUCCCUCAUCUCCCAUUCCUUAGCGUCGCUACUUCCAUAAGGAUAUAUUCCCUCGUUUAGGAAAAACUAAAAAGAGAAGAGGCAGCCCAGCAGAUCUUAUUCAUGAAAAAUUCCCCAAACUCUUCUAGUCAGUGGGAGUUUCACACCACGAAAGGCCACAAGAUGAGUGUGCUCAUCUUUCCCUGUCUGCCCAGUCUUGCCCAGAGGUGAAGUAUGGGAUCUCAGUGCAGCAGCUUCCCUCGUGCCUUGGAGAGGAAUUGCAGGUAAACACCAGCCUCCUUGAACACGACACUUUGCAAGGCACAAUGGCUGCGUUCCCUGUCCUGCAGCAAGAAACGUUAUUCCGGAACGGUACCUGGAGCUAUCGAAUUCCAGCCCUGCUCUACCUGCCGCGGUUCAGCAUCAUCCUGGCCUUUGCUGAGGAGCGAGAGGACCUGGUGGAUGAACAUGCCAAGCUGAUAGUCAUGCGCAGAGGCGUGUACGACCCAGCCAUGCAGCACAUUCAGUGGAAAAGGAUGGAGACCCUUGUCAGUGCAAAGCUUGAAGGCCAUCGAUCUAUGAACCCCUGCCCGGUAUAUGAUGAAGUCUCAGGAAAACUCAUCUUGUUCUUCAUAGCUGUCCCAGGAAAGAUCUCUGAGCAGCAUCAGCUGAGGACAAAGAUCAACCUGGUACGUCUCUGCUAUGUCACUAGCAUGGACCAAGGACGCACCUGGAGCGCUGCCCAGGAUGUCACCGACAGGACCAUUAGGAAUGAGUACAAGAACUGGGCCACCUUUGCGGUGGGGCCAGGUCAUGGAUUACAAUUGCUCGAUGAGGCCCGGAGCCUUGUGAUUCCUGCCUAUGCCUAUCGUAUCUUGGACCCCAAGCAACACCCCACUCCUCAUGCCUUCUGCUUCAUCAGCUCUGACCAUGGGACAACAUGGGAGCAGGGGAACUUUGUGGGGGGGGAGAGUGCAGUGGAGUGCCAGGUAGCAGAGGUGCAUACCUGUGGCAGAAAGGUCCUUUACUGCAAUGCAAGGAGUGACAGGGGAGCCAGGAUCCAGGCCGUCAGCUACAACCAUGGGCUGGACUUCGAGGGAGGCCAGCGGGUUGAAAUGCUAGUAGAACCUCCCUCGGGAUGCCAUGGAAGUGUUACUGCCUUCCCACCUCCCCCAGAUGCCAGAUGUCAAGAUAGUUGGUUACUCUACGCUCAUCCUACAGACCCAAGGGGUCGAAAAGAUUUAGGAAUUUACCUCAACAAAAGCCCUUUAAAUCCAGCACACUGGACAAAACCCAGCAUACUCUUCAAGGGCCUGUGUGCUUAUUCAGAUCUGCAGUACAUGGGCGUUGGGCCUGACGGCUCACCUUUGUUCUCCUGCCUCUUUGAAUAUGGAACCCACAGACAAUGUGAAGAGAUGAUUUUUGUCAUGUUCACUUUGAAGCAAGCCUUUCCCUCAGAACACUGAGUCUCAAGCAUUUCCUUCAACAUCCCUGCAAAAACUAUCUUUGCUGAUGCUUGUUACUGUCAUUUCUCAUCCCUCAGCAAAAGGGUUUUUUUACUCC